UCUGUGGCAGGGGGGCAGGCUAGAUGAUCUGAUCAGGCCCCCCCCUGACCCUAGCUACUAUGAAACUAUGAAGUCACCCACUUCUUUUGGAAUGCCAAAAAAGAUUUACCUUGGUUCUUACAUAUUGGAACUGUGUUGUUCAUGCUUUGUUAUCCCUGCAGUUACUUAACAGAAAAUAUGUGAAGUUCAAAGAAUUGUUUUCCGAGCUUCUUUGGGCAGAUGUGAUAUCUUUUAUUAGACCAACUGAGUAGAUGGAAAAAUGUUUUUUGUAAGCUUGUGGGCAUAAGCACCCUUCUUCAGGCAUUUCUAAUAAAAGAUAUCACACCUACCCAAAGAUGCUUGCCUGCCUAUGUUCUUAGACCAACAUGGCUACAACCAAAAACCCUGCAAAGGAUUGUUUUUACAUAUUUUGGAUUUGUCUUGCGUUACUACAGUGGAUAUGUACUGUGGACAUGUAAAAAGAAUUCACCCUGUGGAGUAAAUUAAUUUACAGGAAACUUCAAUAGUGGUGUUUGAUGCUACAGACAAAGAUUCUGUGAUGCAAAUCUAUGGGGCGAGAUACAGGCCGUAUGGCCAGAUUUGUAUUACUAGUAAGUAUUUAUAUUCUGACGUAUUCCUUACAUCCCAGUCAUGAUUGAUUCCUUUUUGUGGUCACUGUACAAAUGCAGAAUAGAGACAAUUCAUGUCUCAAAGGACAUCUAUCUAAAGAUGAAUGAAAGGAACUGGAGAAUGCAGCAGUUGUGCAGGCAGUUGGCAUUUAUGUCACUAUUCCAUGCAUUAUAGCAUGUGGCAGGUUGUUAGAUUACUAGUGAUUAUUGCUAUCACUGUACUUUGCAAGUAAAUUAAACUAAUCACAUUUUAAGAGCAGAAGAGUAUAUAACGACUGUAGUUUAUAUAAGAUAACUUUUUUUUCAUGCCACUUAUAGCCUGAUCAGCUGAUUAACGGUUACUGGAAUUGCUAAGCAGGAAAUUGAGUGCAUUUGUUUUGAGGGAAUUAAUAUUCAAGCACAUCACAAUUGUGAAAAGUGUAGGGCAUGUUCUUGUUGGCUUUUGCCAGAUCUGUGAAGGCACAUCCAUUUAUAAUGGUUCCAGGUAUAUUUAAUAAUUUCAGAAGAAUGGGACUCUGGUAGAUCCUGGGAUGUUUAGGUAAAGCAUAUAUGCAUUCACUGGCAGGAAAAACAUGGCUAGUUAGGACCCAAACUCUUUUUUUUAAUGAAAUUUCAGAUUUAUUUUUUUUGGAGACUACAUUAUUUUAUAGAAAUUGUAUGUUACAAUUUCAGAAAAGCAUGGUAUAACUGUAGUGUCCAGCACUCAAGGUAGGUAAUGCUAAAAUCAAGGUUGCCCAGGUACGUUCCCUACCUCAUCUUUUCUAUUUCUGUUCCUGUCUCCCUUUUGGCCCCACCUUUGAGUAAGGAAGCUUCCUCCUCCUCCUGACAAGACAUAAGCAGGCACCAGCCACAAGCAGCAAGAGCAGGGAAAGUUCUGCUCACCUCUGAAGGAGUCUUCAAAGAACUCGGUGACCCAAAUCUGACAGCCCUCUAAAGCAGGGGCAAGCAAUUAUUUUGGACAGAGGGCUGCUUACUGAGUUUCAGCAAGCCAUCGAGGGCCGCAUGACAGGCAGCCCAGGGCAGAUUAAUAUUAAUUUUAUAAAUUUUGUAGGGGCCCCGCAGGUCAGAUAGAAUGGCCUGGUGGGCCGCAUCCAGCCCCCAGGCUGCAUUUUGCCCACUCCUGCUCUAAUGCAUACAUGCAAGUGCAGCUCGGUCCAUUGGGUGGAUUUUUAUGGGGAUGGCAAGAAGUACUUUUCAAUUACAAUUUCAAGUCCCUGCCCCAAAGGUUGAAAGUAGCUGCCCUUUUUCAAGCCAAAGAUUUUAGAAAUAUUUUAGCAUUCGUAAAACAACACAUUUUCCCGGGGACUCAUUCUCUGAAAUGCCUCAGUUAUUAGGAGAAAACAUCACCUAGCACAGAAAAUUUUGCACAUAACUGUUUAAGGUUGGCAAAUAGAAAAGCUUCUUAAAGUAGGGUCUUAAAAGGAGAAUUGUGUAGCAAUGUUAACUGUAGACAGUGUUGCCAGCUUUUUGUAAGAUGCAAUCUGAAAUGUUUAGUGACUCACUUUUUCAGAGUUUCUAUGUUAGAUCUGAAAUCAAGAUGAGGUUAUGAAUAAAAUGAAUCAUGCCUACUGUGAAUGUUUUUUCACCUCAGGGAAGUGUUAACUUCUGAGCCUCUGUAAGACACUGCAGAACCUAGUAUAGAUCUUCAGCAUUUGCUCCCAGCAGAUGUGGAGCUUAAAUUUUCUUUUUUAGUAACAAUGGUGUCUGAAAUGCAACGUGAUUAAGCAUGGAUAUCUAAGAAAACUCUGCUUGUCUCUGGACAGCUUUCAUUUGUCUUUCCUAUGCUUGUUUCUCCUCCUUACCAUCAUCAUUUUUCCAGGAUAUUUUCAUCAUCAUCUGUCUCCUGUUCUCCAGAAUAGACAGAACGUUACUGAUGAAGUUUAUUCUGCAAGAAGAUUGGUUAUCCCUCCCCUUUUUUUUUAUUUUUAAUGUCUGUUUCCCUGAUCCUUCCCUCUCUCUCUUUCUCUCUUGCAUUUUGUCAUUAAGACCAACCUGAAAGAUAUACAUGUAUCAUAGUUCCUUUAACUUAUAUUAUGAGUAGCUUCAUCAGUGACUGGGAUUGAACAUCCAUCAAAUGCUUCCCAAAUCUGAGGCUAUCAGUAAAACAAAACAAAUGGGCCAAGGGCUUUUUGAAUAAAAAAUUCUUGAGUCUGCUGUUAAAAAGUUAUUGGGCUAGCAUACUUUAGAGUAACAUCUGAAACAUACAUUAUUUUUAAUGUGUAUGCAGUGCUAAAAUGUUUAUUUUGCAAACUCUCAAGUCUGGAAUUGCUCUUUGGUCUUUCAGCAGCCUCAGAAUUAUUGGGCUUUAUUUGUGGCACUGCCAUUAAUAGACAUUUAGGUUGAUUCAGUAACCUAUGCCUCAGAGGAGAGCAGCUUCACAUAGCAUCUGCGUUGACACAAACAUCCAAAACCAUAGUUAGUCUAGGGUGAGGGCCCCUAGGGGCUACCAAAGUACAAAUAAAAAUGAGACAAGAUUGGAGCCUUAAUUGUGUUGUGGUUAACUUGCUCAUGUAAGUAGCUUACCCUUUGUAAAUAAAUUUUCAGAAACAGUUUCUUGUUAAAUAGAGCAUUUCUUCUAGUCAGCUAUUUUUAUGCAUACUUAAUCAUUAUGAUGACCAUUAAUUUAUUUUUAUCUAGCUGGAUCAUUUUUAGCAUAUCCCUUCCACCCAUGUGUUUUAAAGUUAUGCUUAGGUUUUUGUGGUGAGUGGUACUGUAAAUAUAUUUCAACUGUUCUAACAGGAAAAGCGUUCUGACUUUUUUUAAAAUGAGCAAUCGUAUGUAUAAUCAACUUGGUUAAAACUUCCUUCCUGGUAAGUGCAGCACUUCCUCUGCAUCUGGAUAUGAGGGCAAGAAAGAAAAGCAGAACAGCUUAAACAAACAAGUUUUUGUAUGAAUGAUUCUCUCUUUAAAAAAAAUAAAGAACUCAAAAAUUAAACAAAUGAGUCGUCUUCAGUGCCUCAGCAUCUACUUUGUAAUCAGAUUUCUUCUGGCAUGGAGUUGGGGAAUCAUGAACAGCCUGUUGUUAUGAGAGAGGAAAACAAACGGAGGAGGAGAAGAAUGAAGCCUUAUUGUACAGCAAAUAAUUUAUCUUCAAUGGAACUGAUACCCAUUGAGUUUGUUCUACCCACAAGCCCUAAACAUACUAAAACCCCAGAAAUAGUGACACUUGAAAUUGCUGGCAACUGUACUGUUGAGCAAAUGAAAGCACAGAUUUGGAUGCAUGCAAUAGAGAUGAGCCAAACCUCAGACUUCUGCCAUAAAUACACCCCAGAUCAGUUUAUUCUUCAAUAUCAAAAGAAAGGACAGUGGUAUGAAAUUUAUGACAAACAUCAGGUAAUUCAGACAUUGGACUGUAUACUAUAUUGGAAAGUGUUACAGAAAAAGGUAGGCAGAAUCUAUGUUGUUCAGAAGCAGAAACCAUCAGUGGAAGUUCAAGAAUUUCAGAAGCAGCUGAAUGACUUAAUAGGAUAUGAUGUCACUGAUGUAAGUAAUGUGCAUGAUGAUGAACUAGAAUUUACACGCCGCAGGCUGGUCACUCCACGAAUGAUUGAAGUAGCCUGCAGAGAUCCAAAAUUGUAUUCAAUGCACCCAUGGAUUACCUCCAAGCCCCUUCCUGAGUAUUUGUUUAAAAAGAUUACUAAUAAUAAUAUUUUUAUAAACAUACAUAGAGGAACAACUAGCCAGAAAAUUAAAAUCUCAAUAGAUGAUACUCCAGAUAUGAUCCUUCAGAGCUUUUUCACAAAAAUGGCAAAAAAGAAAUCUUUGAUGGACAUUCCUGAAGAUCACAGUGAACUGGACUUUGUUCUCAGGGUUUGUGGCAGAGAUGAAUAUAUUACAGGGGAAACGCCAGUCAAAGAUUUUCACUGUAUAAGACAGUGCCUUAAGAAUGGGGAAGAAAUUCACCUUGUGCUAGACACUCCUCCUGACCCUAAUGAGGAUGAGGUUCAGAAAGAAGAGUGGCCAUUGGUGGAUGACUGCACAGGAGUUACAGGAUAUCAUGAACAGUUGACAAUCGAUGGAAAAGAUCAUGAGAGAGUGUUCACUAUCUCUUUGUGGGACUGUAAUAGAAAAUUUAGAGUCAAGAUAAUUGGCAUUGAUAUUCCAGUGCUACCCAGAAAUACUGACAUCACUGUAUUUGUUGAGGCUAAUAUUCAACAUGGGCAACAACUCCUUUCCCAACGAAGGACUGCAUCUAAGCCUUUCACCGAGGAGGUUCUGUGGAAUACCUGGCUAGAGUUUGAUAUUAAAAUUAAAGACUUGCCUAAAGGAGCACUACUGAAUCUGCAGGUGUAUUGUGGCAAAACACAGUCAUUAUCCACAAAGGCCAACCUUCAGUCACAUGAUUCUCCCAGUUCUGACUCUAAAUGCAAAACCCAGCUUCUCUACUAUGUAAAUAUUUUGUUGAUAGAUCACCGUUUCUUGCUACGAAGUGGGGAGUAUGUGCUUCAUAUGUGGAAAAUUCCAGGUAAGGGGGAAGAGCAGGGAAGCAUCAAUGCUGACAAACUUACAUCAGCAACUAAUCCUGAUAAAGAAAACUCAAUGGCAGUCUCUAUUGUUUUAGACAAAUACUGCCACCCAAUAGCUUUGCCCAAACACAGGAUAACAUCCGAUACUCAGGGAGAUGGGGCAAGAACUGAAAUGCCCAACCAACUUCGCAAACAGCUCGAAGAGAUCAUAGCCACUGACCCACUUAACCCGCUUACUGCUGAGGACAAGGAAUUAUUGUGGCAUUUCAGAUACGAAAGCAUAAAGCACCCCAAGGCAUAUCCUAAGCUGCUUAGCUCAGUGAAGUGGGGACAGCAAGAUUUAGUGGCCAAAACAUACCAGUUAUUAGCUAAAAAAGAAGCAUGGGAUCAAAGCACUUUGGAUGUUGGACUGACAAUGCAGCUUUUGGACUGCAAUUUUUCGGAUGAAAAUGUAAGAGCAAUGGCAGUUCAAAAACUCGAGUGUUUAGAAGAUGAUGAUGUUCUCCAUUACCUUUUACAAUUAGUACAGGCUGUGAAAUUUGAGCCCUAUCAUGACAGUGCACUGGCCAGAUUUCUACUAAAACGAGGUUUGAGAAACAAAAGAAUUGGUCACUUCUUAUUUUGGUUUCUAAGAAGUGAGAUUGCCCAGUCCAUGCACUACCAGCAAAGGUUUGCUGUAAUCCUGGAAGCUUACCUGAAGGGCUGUGGAAAAGCCAUGCUAUGUGAUUUCAUGAAACAGGUUCAAGUAAUCGAAUUGCUGCAUACAGUCACAAUGGAGAUAAAAUCUGUUUCUGCUGAAAAGUAUGAUGUCACUUCUCAAGUUAUCACACAGCUUAAACAAAAGCUGGAAAAACUGCAGAACAACAAACUUCCAGAAAGCUUCAGAGUACCAUAUGACCCUGGACUGAGAGCAGGGGCACUGGUGAUUGAAAAAUGCAAAGUAAUGGCAUCCAAGAAAAAGCCCCUCUGGCUUGAGUUUAAAUGUGCAGAUCCCACAGCUUUGUCAAAUGAAACUAUAGGCAUUAUCUUCAAACAUGGAGAUGACCUCCGUCAGGACAUGCUUAUUUUGCAGAUUCUACGAAUCAUGGAGUCCAUUUGGGAAGCAGAAUCCUUGGACCUGUGUUUGCUACCAUAUGGAUGCAUUUCUACUGGAAACAAAAUAGGAAUGAUUGAAAUUGUGAAGGAUGCUACAACAAUUGCUAAAAUUCAACAAAGUACAGUUGGCAACACAGGUGCAUUUAAGGAUGAAAUAUUAAACCAGUGGCUUAAAGAAAGAUGUGUUAUUGAAGAAAAGUUUCAGGCAGCAGUGGAAAGAUUUGUUUAUUCUUGUGCUGGUUACUGUGUGGCAACCUUUGUACUUGGAAUAGGAGACAGACACAACGACAACAUUAUGAUUACAGAAUCAGGCAAUCUUUUUCACAUUGACUUUGGCCAUAUUCUUGGGAAUUACAAAAGUUUCCUUGGAAUUAAUAAGGAAAGAGUCCCUUUUGUGUUGACACCAGAUUUUCUGUUUGUCAUGGGCACUUCUGGAAAGAAAACAAGUCAGCAUUUCCAUAAAUUUCAGGAUGUUUGUGUGAAGGCUUAUCUAGCUCUUCGACAUCACACCAACCUGCUGAUCAUUCUGUUCUCCAUGAUGCUAAUGACUGGAAUGCCCCAGUUAACCAGCAAGGAAGAUAUUGAAUAUAUCAGAGAUGCAUUGACAGUAGGUAAAAGUGAGGAAGAUGCUAAAAAGUAUUUCCUUGAUCAGAUUGAGGUUUGCAGAGAUAAAGGCUGGACUGUACAAUUUAACUGGUUUCUGCAUCUUGUGCUUGGAAUCAAACAAGGAGUAGAGAAGCAUUCUGCCUAACACUUUCUGUAAAGUAAUUCAAGAUAUGAAUAGGAAAUGAACGGUCUGUUUCCUUAUUUGUAGUUUUCUAAUAACAGAGCUGUUAAAAUUGAUGUUUCAUUUGCUAAUGGUUUAAAUGGGCUCUCCUAAAAACUGCAAAUUGGUUUAACCUAAGCUUCAAGAACACCUGUUGUCUUAUUGCAGAAGUGUGUGUGUGUGUGUGCGCGCGCGUGCGCAUGCACACACAUAUACAUAUCUAUAUAUUCAUGCUGGAGUUGUGACAGUGUAGCACCCUGCGUUCUGUUAUGUAGCUGCUUUGCUAAUGUGGCCUGCAAUUUUCCCAUUUGCCUUUAUAAUAACUUCAGUUACAGGUGAAGAAGGGGCUGGGGCAAGAUAAUAGCCUGGUAACUGAAGUAUGACCUCUGGGAGUUUUUUUCUUCUCCUUAAUUGCUCAUGUUUGUCAGGCCCAUCAAGAGUAGGAAGACUAUUUUUCAAGUACAUGAUUGCAUAGGUGCAGCCCUGUAGGAUGUUUAUUUCCUCCUUGGGAGGAUUUAUUACCAAGGUUUCUUCACCCUCAUUCAUCUCCUUUAUCCUUAGACUCCGCUUGCCUUCUAACCUUAAAGUUGCUCAACAGAAAAUGACACUCCCUCCACUAUCUAGGGAAAACUAUGCAUUACCUUUGUCUUAGUAUCCUGAACCAUGAAGGACAGGGCUGGGUUGGUACUUCUUCAGAAAAUCUUCUUUGUUUUCAAGUUCCUGAGUUUGCUUUUAUAAUUUUUUAAGUUUAAAUGUUUCAACUUGGUGUUCUUUUAAAUGCCUUAUUUUUAAUGGGAAACAUCCGCCAUAUUAUAUGGUAGAUGGAUGCUUCUGUUAUUUUGUGGUUAAAUUACUGAAAGUCUGCCUGUACAAUGAAAGCUUUACUAAAACAAGGUAAUGAACGGUACUUCCUCAUUCUUCAAAUUAAAUUCUUAUCUGAGAACAGUUCACGUUUCACCAAAUGUUGGAGAAGUCCAAAGGUUAUUUAUUCAGUGAUGUAUUUUGGGGUAAAACCUAUUAGGAACUAAAUAUCAUCAUUGAAAUUAUGUAUAUUUUGUUAUUUAUGGUGUUUAUUUUUUAAAACUUUUCAAACAAUUGUUUAUUCAAAAGUUAUUUAUAAAAGAAAUGAAAUUCCUCAUUUUUAGUUUAGCAGUAUAUUUAAAUGAAAUCUAAAGAGAGAAGAAAAUAUAACAGGCAAGUGCUGGGUCACUUUUAACUUUCUCUUUAGUAGAAAAUCUGAAAAUGAUUGAGCCUUUUAACACACACAGAAAAGCAAAAUAUUGCAUGAAUUUUGCCUGGACUUCAAUGAUUGCAGUUUGACUUGACUUGACUUGACUUGACUUGAUUUGAUUGACUUACCAAAGAGAGAAAUAGGCUUACAUUAUUGAUUAUUAGCACUUUUGCCUGUAUAAUUCCUUCUUUUGUUCCAUUUUUACAGAGUCUGAAUCAGCAUUGGUCAAGUGAAUUGCUAUGUUUUAUUAUUAUUUGCAUCAAUCAUUUCACUUUGAUCAGAUUUUAACUGCUGUGAGUGAGCGUGCUCUUGAAGGAUUUGUAAUACAUGUACUGUAUUUGGUGUCUCAGAUAUGAGACAUAUAGCCCAUCUAUUUUUUUAAAUGUAGGUGCUUAAUUAGUUGUUCUGCAGAGAUAUUUUGAUGUAUAUGGUAAACUGUAAUAAGGAAAUGUUAAAAGCUUAAAUGUUAUGAAAUCAAUUUUUGUUCUACUGCAGUACUCCAUACAAGACGGGUUUAAAAUCAUGCUGAGGUGUGAAAUGUGAGAGUAUUGUAAUAUGAUGUUCCCUGGAUUUGUUCUUUGUAGUUUUGAAAUGAAUUGUCAAGUUGUAUACAUUUGAUGAUAAAUCAUUAAUAAAAGGAUUUCUUUUUCCAAAA